GGGUAUGUGUGCAGGUGAGCCGGUGCUGGUGAUGAGUCUGGCUCUGCUGGGGAAACUCUGCAUCCUCGCUGCCAUCUUCAUCUCCAUCCUGUACAGCAUCGAGCUGUUCCCCACCGUGGUCCGGCAGCGCUGCGUGUCCGUGGUCAACUUGUCGUUCCGGCUCGGCUGUCUGGUCAACUCCCUCGUGCCGCCCAACUCCAACGGAGCCAUCUCAUUGGCCGCCAUGGUGGUGUACAGCAGCGGGCCGAUCGCGGGCUGCGGGCUGUGUCUGCUGCUGCCGGAGACCAGCGGCGUCCCGCUCCCUGAUUCGGUGGAGGACUGUGACAGGCAGCCUCGGCCCCGCCCACCCAGCAUGGGCGCCCUCUGGAGGACAUGGAAGUUGGUGAGCAGCCAAACCAGGAAAACGGAGAUCCUCCCCGCAGAGAAAGACGACACGCACGCACCGAGCACGGGACUGAUCUGAGCACGCUCAGUUGGACUCUGUAAUGAACAGCUUGUCUUCUGUUUUUUUUCUGUGUUUUAAAUUAAAGACCAAAGACGAGUUUCUGAUUUCACCUGACCUGCUGUUGGCGUUGAGCCCCGCCCCCUUUUGGGUGAAAUUGUACCUUUUUUUUUUAUAGAUAAAUAGUUUGUUUUGGUCCAAUGUGACGUUACUGUAAACUAAGUUCCCAAACUUAUUAGCCCCAUUUAGCAAGAAAACAAUAAGAUUCUGACAUAUUAAUUAUUUUCUAAACUAUGUUUUAUAAUAAUAAUAAUGAAUUAAUACACAUAAUAUGUGUAUUAUUCAAUACGCAAAUACGUUUGCGCGCUCUCAUGAAGACUUUUAUUUUCUUGUUGUUGUCACUUUGUUCUGUUUUCAUCAGUGUGAAAAUAAACUGGACAUCAUGAAGUAUUGAAACAUCCUCGGUUACUAGUUUACAGACGAGCUGCUCUUUAAGGUAAACAUUAGCAGUGCAGCAGAGGCUCAUGGGAAUUAGUUCUGCAGAUAGUUUAGGAAAUAAAUGAAGUUUAAAAGUGGAACCGAGACAAGAAGGAAACAGGUGGUUUUAUCUGAUAUUAAAUUGAGCAGUUAUUUCAAGGAAAUGCUUUUUAUUCCCUAAAAUUUGUACAAACAUACUUAGAAAACUACAAAGCUGUAAAAUAAAGUCUUUAUUUUCAUUAUAGAUUAAUAUGCUGAUUAUUUUAUUAACUGAUUCUUUUUGUCGUCUAUAAAACAGAAAAAUAUCAAGUUGUCCAUUAAAGUAUCUCAGAGAACAAA